AUAUGAAGCAGCCUAUUGCUGUUAGAAUCAUCGAGUUCCAAUUGAAACUCACCAUGGCUAAUACGUGCAACAUAUUUGCGGCUUUUGCCGUUGCCUUCCUGACAUUCUUGUCUUUGAGUUCGGCUUUCGUUAAUCAAGACUUCGAUAUAUCUAAAGACUUUCAAAAGAAUUUGGAUCUGGAACUACAACCAUUUCUUCGAGAGAAAAGGGAAGAGGAUGUUCAUCUCGUGAACAAACAUCCUUUGGAGUUGGAAGAAUUAUCAUCAGAAUCUCAAACCAUCCAAGAUAGAAGAGCAAUCCCGGAAGAAACAAAGAAAUUAAAUCACAAGGAUGACAGGAAGAACGAAGAGCCAAAUACGAAUAACGAUAUUGAGGAAGAUGUUAUGGAUGAUGUAUUUUCGUACAAGAGUAUGCACGAUCUCAUCCAAGCAUUCAUUCUUGCGGACGAACAAGAUAUUGCUAUGAGAUUGCAACAAUUGCGAGAAAUAGAGAAUGCCACGGAAAAACUUAGCAAUUUACCAAAACGACAAGUAUCCGCAUCCGCAGCUGCGGCCGCAUCCGCAGGCGGUCUUCUAGGAUUGAAUAUGUGGGAUCCUGUUCCUCUCGCUGAUUUGGAUACUCAUUCUUGUGAAGGUGAAGCCGGCGAAUAUGGUCACGUGCAUUUCUCAGGUCUGGUUGUGCACGAAUUCUUCUGCGAAUUAAGAAAGAUGUGGCACUAUUUUCUAAUUGUUAUACGAAAUUUAAGAGAAGGACUUAGCUUAGGACCACUGUUCGCUGAAAGUGUCAUCGAUGGCGGCAGAGGCAUCUUUGGUAUCUUGUUCCAUAUCCCGCGACUUUUACACACCAUCCUUAGAGAACCUCAUCAUCUGCUGAUUUUUCCCGACAUACUCCGAGAUUGCGUACCAUUCCCUAGUAUUUUCGGCGCUUUUCGACGACUUCUACACACCGCCUUCAAGGUAGUGCACUUUGUGCACGAGCUGCACUUGAACCAUAUUCGGCACUUUUUCGGACAUUUCUUCCAUUUACAUCGCUUAAGUCUGCAUUUACGGGAGAGAUUGCUCGAGCGUCGACUAGCAAGAUUGCAUCAUCUGCACGGACUCAGUUCGAUACUUCCACUGGGAGAGGAGAUUGUUGGUGAAUCGGUUGUACCCACAAUCGAUGACGGCGGUGCAAUAGUUGCUCCAGACUAUCGCACAUCGCUGGCGGAAGUGCUAUCUUCUCUUCGUGGCGCCUACAAUGGCUAUCAUGCAUCUGGAAUACCCCAUCUGAUUAGAACUGGCAUGAAGAGCAUUUCCACGUCUAAGGUGUAUUCUAAAGUGAUUUCGUAUGUAACUAACAUGCCAUCUUACUUAAGUAACAUACCAUCUUACUUAACUAACAUACGUUCAUAUCUACCCAGAAUGCCUUCCUUUAGCGAUUAUACACCUCUCCAACAGGGUCCUACGGUGACCGCAACUAGCACGGCUAGUGCAUCGAGCUCCGUCAGCACACCAGUAAGUCCAGUAGUAAGCCCAGUAGUAGAGCCAAUAAUAAAUCCGACAAUAGCAUCCAUUGCCCCUGUUGAAACCGUAAGUUCUUCAGCAUCUGCCAGUGCUACUGUUACUGAAACACAACCGAUGGUUUCCGGUGCACCUCUGAUUUCUACGGUACCAGAUAUAAUUUCCUCAGUGCCGGUUGUUCCAUCUUUCGAUGCCGCAAGCGCGGCAGCCACAGCGGCAGCGACAUCGGCUGCAGCAGCAGCUUCGGCAGCUUCCGCACCUCUCAUCGAACCAGUAACGUCGGAAGUCGUUUCGGAGACUGUCGAAAACACGGUGUCCGAAAGUAGCUCUUCGAACGUAGCUGUAGCCUCACCAGAAGUUGUACCAGGAUUCUCAGGGAAUACCGCAGCAGCUGCUUCCGCGUCUGCAUCCGCCUCUUCAUCGGAUGUCAGCCCAGCGAUCAGUACUAAUUCGAUGCCAUUCAGGUCGCCAUAUUCACUAACUGGAUACAGGUCCAGGCCUAUUUUGUCCGGUAUCAGACCUGCGAUCUCUUCGAUAGACAGCUUGAUCGAACCGGGUCAAUAUAGAGGACUCGACUUGAACCUCGGCGGCAGAAUUCCGUUGAGCCGUUCGCACAGUUUCCCUGCAGCUCUUCCUUCUGCAGCCUCUGCCGCGGCAGCCGCCGCAUCGUCGGCUGCUGGAAGUGCCGCCGCGGCUAGUUCGGCCAGCACUGCCUCCUCAGGUGGCCUCAAUUUCGUCUUGCCUAGGGAACAGAUCGUUAACGCACUAGGUCACAACUAUCUGACACCGGGCGACAUUAUAUCGCUUAAUUUGAGGAACAGAGCAACCCUGAUAGGUCGCGUACUAGACACUGUUAGCCCGAUCAGUUUCAACUUCCUUAGACCGAAGUUGCGCGCUUCCCUUCUCCAUCACGGUGGACGUGUCUGGAAUCUCUCACCCUGGGACUUCAAAGAUCCCGAAUGCGUUCGUAGACUUAAUAGUCCUCAUCUAUUGCGUCACGCCUUUUAAAUUUCAUACUAUAUAUCUCAUAACUAGUCCUAAAUCACUAUCAACUAUCGACAUGUAUAUACCAAAUAAUUGUAAUCAAUCGAUUCUGAAUAAAGAUGUGUUUUGAAAUUGAA